AUGCAUCUCCAAGGUGUUCUAGAUGAAAUCAUGUGCAGAGCCCUUCCUACCACCUUAAAAGGCCCAGCUAGAGUAUGGUUUAGUAAGCUACCGCCAAAUACCAUAACUUCGUUUAAGGAGUUAAGUAAGUUGUUUGUCAACAACUUUUUUGGGGGACAAAGGCAAAAGCGUUCCUCGUCCAACCUGUUGAACAUAGAACAAGGAGAAAAUGAAAAUUUGCAUACUUUUAUCAGCCAUUUUAAUAGAGAAGCUCUGUUGGUGGAUGGGAUGGAUGACAAGAUCCUCUUGGUUUCUUUCUAUAAUGGAGUUAGUUCAGACCUGUUCAUUCACAAGCUGUAUGACCAGGCGCCUCAGACGAUGGCUAAGUUGAUACAAUUAGCCCAAAGUUUCAUGAAUGCAGAAGACGUAAUUAUUACCAAGAAGAAGAAGAAAGGUGAACGACUGGAAAAUGGCUAUAUACACCAUCCAGAGCAAGGUCCUCAUCUAAAGAAAGCCAAAGUAGGGGAGAAAAAGGAUCACGACGGCAAGAAAGCAAGGUCCUCUUUAGGACAAUACUCUAACUACACUCCCUUGAAUGUUUCACUUGAUCAAGUUUUAAUGCAGAUCAAAGAUGAUCCAUCCUUGAAGGGGCCUAAGAGGAUGAAAGGAGAUCCUAGUAAGCGGAACAAAAGCAAGUAUUGUCGUUUUCAUCGUGACCAUGGACAUGAUACGAACGAAUGCUAUGACUUGAAACAACAGAUUGAAGCUUUUAUUAAGCAAGGAAAGUUGAAGAAUUUCCUUGGGUGA